UGGAGCUAGGAUGGAUGUUUUUGCAAAUGAGGAAAACUUUGGAUUUUCUCAGAGUUUCAAAUUUCUGAAUUGCAUUUCAACUGAGGUGCGCAUGUUGAGUUUGUCCGACCUGGACAGCAGGAUGUUCUGCAGUCAUACAUUGUUGGGAUUUUUUGGCUACUCGGUGGUUUAAAACAUCGUACAACUACCAAAGCUGGUAGAAUAGCUCUGAUUUACUGAAGGAGGUUAAUGGAUGAAGUAACGGAUGUUUAUUUCUAGCAAAAGCUGCUCAAAAGAGCCACUUAGAGAACUAUUUUUUUGUUUGUGUGACGUUUUUAGAGCUUACAUCUAAGUGAAUAAUGGGUUUGCAGGGAAUGGAAAUAAUUGCAAUUGCUGUAGUUCUUGGACUUUUUAUUGUUGUUCUCAAACAGUUUGGGAUUUGGGAGCCUUUAUCACUGGAAGAUGACAACAUUGACAGUGACCUUGAGCUCUCCAUGGUGAGGCACCAACCUGAAGGCCUCGACCAGCUCCAAGCCCAGACGCAGUUCACCAGGAAGGAGCUCCAGUCUCUCUACAGAGGCUUCAAAAAUGAAUGUCCAAGCGGAUUAGUGGAUGAAGAAACUUUUAAAACUAUCUACUCACAGUUCUUCCCUCAAGGAGAUGCUACCACAUACGCUCAUUUUUUGUUUAACGCAUUCGACGUGGACAGAAAUGGUUCCAUCCGAUUUGAGGACUUUGUGUUGGGACUCUCUGUUUUACUGCGAGGUUCUGUUACCGAGAAACUUCGCUGGGCAUUUAAUCUUUAUGAUAUCAACAAGGACGGCUACGUAACUAAGGAGGAAAUGUUGGCGAUUAUGACCUCCAUAUACGACAUGAUGGGCCGGUAUACCUUACCCAGCAUACGAGAUGAUUCUCCCUUUGACCAUGUGGAGAAGUUUUUCCAGAAAAUGGAUAAAAACAGAGAUGGAGUCGUGACAAUAGAGGAAUUCAUAGAAACUUGCCAAAAGGAUGAAAAUAUAAUGGCUUCCAUGCAGCUCUUUGAGAACGUCCUUUAGUUUCUGUAGGGAAAAUUUCACCUUGUGACACUUCCAGUUACAGCCACAGGCUACAGCUCCUAAGCAAUUCCACUUACUGUAUCUAAAGAUGAUUUUGGACAAUACAUAUAGGACACAUGUUCAUAUAGUCUAGACAACACAGAUUUCCCGUAAAAUGUGAAUAUCCAAAAUAGUAUCCACCAAAUCACAUUAAAGCAUUUCUGUUCUUCUUUUUUUUUUUUUUUUUGCAUGAAAGUGUUUUUUUAUGUGGAAAACAUCUUUAUUACAAGACGUGCAUGAGUGUUUCCCUGGAUUAAAACAGCAUGUGAAUGUGUAUUUAUAUGCAAAGAAAAUGUUUUGGUUUGUUUUGUUGUUGGAAAUGCUAAAUGU